AUGGAUGUGCGCGAAAUUAUUCCUUCAAAUUUUACGCUUGUAUUUCAUGCCCAUAAAUGUUUAGGCAUGAAUGAUCUUGGAUGCUCUGAAUUUUAUAUGGAUGUUGCUGGAAAAGUAUGUUCACAUUUACAGGAAGAAACAAGCAUUUGGUAUAAAUUUGCUCAACAUUUUUCGGUUCCAAUUGAAUCCUGUCCACUAAAUAGUGGAAUCUAUUAUUUACGUCAUCUAAAGUUAUCCUUAAAUGAUUUGAAUACGAUUCCAAUGGAUGAAGGAUAUCAUGUAAUCAAAGCGUAUGGAUAUGUUCGACCGGAGAUCGUUAUGUGUUUGUAUUCAGAAGUAUUAGUUACUUAUUGA